AUGGGUUUCGAAAUUAAUUAUGGAAAGACUAAGGUGAUGAUUUUAGGAAGCAACCGGAAGUUAAAAUCUCUUGCAAACAUUGUACUUCCGCAAAUUAUUAUUGAUGGAAAUCUAAUACCGUAUGUAAACACAACUAAGCAUCUUGGGGUUCAUCUAUCUGCAAAUCUUUCCUGGGAUUUUCAUAUUUCGCAGUUUCUACGUAGAUUAUUCACAGAAGAAGAUCCUGAAAUUAGGCGAUCAGAUAGGCUGGCAGCUAAGAAUAAUAUUUCCUUCAAGAUGCCAAAUUUUGCUACUACGACCUAUGAGCAUUCAUUUGUAGUAACAGCUAUCCGGUUAUGGAAGGACUUACCACCUGAGAUUGUAAAUGUUCUUAGUUUAGAGACUUUCAAAGUUAAAUUGUUCGAUUUUCUAAUAAGUAAUGAAUAG